CCCCCCUCAAAGUGGAUUUAUCUCUCCUUCUGAGGGUUGUCCCUUUCUGCCCCAAGGAUUGGUCUCUCCAUUUCGUUGUCCUUCAGCUGCCUUGGUCCUUCCAGACUCAGGAUGAAUUAUCUCUUCCCUACACUUGUUCUACUGACUACUGCUGAAAUGACCAGAGCAGGUCAUGUUAAAGUGAAGUGCAAAGAGGAGCAAAUCACGGCCAAGGCUGGAGAAGAUGACAUCAUCCAGUGCCGGUUUUAUUCCAGAAACAAGGCUGGCAGCGUGGCUUUCGUUUGGAAGAAGGAGGAUGCUGCAGGGAUUAUCUACAAUUACACAAUGAGGCACAGCAGUCUGGAGGAGCAGGAGCCCAGCUACCGUGACAGAGUCGAGGUCUUUGACAAUGAGAUUCCGAAAGGGAACGUGUCUCUGAGAUUGAGGAAUGUGACUCUCUCUGACUCUGGUAUCUACAAACUCUCCGUUGCCACCCGUUCCCAAAGCACUGAGACACAAGUCUUGCUCAGUAUAAGAGCUCUUGGCACGCAGCCUGUCAUUCAUUCACCUUCCGAUGACCUGGGUCUAUUGGUGCUGGUCUGCGAGUCCUCAGGGUGGUACCCGGCUCCUAGCGUGACCUGGGAAAAUGGACUAGGCAAGAAUCUGACCAGCUACUCGCACACACAGCUAACUAACUGCACGGGUGGCAGUGUCUGUGUGAAGAGCACGCUAGAAAUGGAUAACUGGCCCACUGGCAACUACACAUGCACGAUGUGGGACCAGGAGUUGGAUGAGGGAUUGUCAUCUACUUUCACGCUGAUUCACAGGGUAUCAUUGGGUACAGUCAUCGGUGCGACUGGUGCGAGCGUUUGUGCUUUCGUUCUGAUUGUCGCUGUCUGUUGGAGUUGGUGGUAACAAAAAAGUGAUAUGAUUGGGAUUUUGUGGUUCCCCCUGUGUAACUAUCACUGAAGACUCUGUUGGUUUAAAGGUGUGAACACAAGAUGAGCUGGAGAGGGUGAAAAGGACUUUGUUUCCACCCUGUACGCAAUGAGGACUCCGCCUCCUCUUUCCUAUUAGAAGACACCAGUGCCAACUGAGUUCCAGUGUUCAACCUUCCUGAGUGCAGGCGUUAGUGUUCUGCUCCGCACAGGCUGUCAUGCAGUCAGAAAGGAACAAAAAGACUGGUGCUAUUUUAAUGGGUUUGUUUUUUUUUGCACUUUACAGUGUGGUCCUUGCGCUGUAUAAGAGUUCAAUGAUGUAUUGCUGCAAAAGGAAAAAAAAAACUGACUUUUACAAUCAGGGAUUUUGCAGGUUGAGCAUAUAAUUUAACCGGUCAAUUCUCACUUUCUAUCUAGCAUGUUGUAUAGCAAUGGCUUUACUGUUUUCCUUUUAAACAAACAAUUGUUAAGUACACUGAUGAAAGUCUGUUUUAUAGCAUUGAGUUUCCCUGUUCCAAGGGGCCAUGAAUGGAUUUCACCGGAUUCCAGUCAAAUUACUUCUUGCCCUGAGGAAUGUUAAACUGGUACAAUGACAAAUCCUUACAACUAAUCCAGGCAAAUCCAUUAAGGUGUUGCUGUUUUGUUCAAGUCUGUAUCACGGAGAUGGGCCGGUCCCAUGAUGCCAGCUGGAAAACAGUUGUGGGGUGAUCAUUUCUCCCUGCAAUUGUUACACUUUCCAUCAAUCCUACUUCAGUCCCAUUCACACACAGUUUUUGGAGUUUAAUUGUCAGGCAGCCCGCUGUUUUUCCUGGUUGAUCUGCCUCACCUUUUUUUCUUGUGACCAUUUGCGAGUGAGAAUUCUUGUGAAAUUUCUUCAUACGGGUAUAAUCUGGCUCCACAUUCACAGAUUAUGUUAUACAAGCUGCAUGCACCACUACAUCAGUCUCUUUCUCAUGUUGUGAUAAGCUUAAUUGCUUGGAGAUUUCAGCACAGGAGGAGGCCAUUUAUCCCAUUCUACUUGCAGUCAGUUUUGUAGUCUGUUGUAAAACUAAUCCAACUGCCCUCCACUCUAUCCCCGUACCCCUGUACCUUACUUUGCUUCUAAUGUUUAUCCAGAUUUUUUUUAUAUAGAGGAAGCACCAGCCAUUCCAAAUGACGUUGCACCAACUCCAAAACAACUAACUUGUCCGACCAUCUGUGAUCGAUUUAAUUAAUCACUGGCUCUCCAAUCAACGGAAACUCUCUUUCCCCAGUUGCCUUAUUAAAGUAAUUUAUAGAUAAUCUGUUCAUGCUUCAUUGAAAGCAGUCCCUGUAUAGGAACAAGAAUAGGCCAUUUAUCCCCUUGACAGUCUUAGUUAAUCAGUAAUGAUGAAAACAGGUUGCAUAGGUUAGAUUUUGUAUUUCCUUGAGUUUAAAGAUUAAAUUGUGGUCUGAUUGGCCAUUUAAGAUUAUUAAAAGUUAUAUGGUGUAGAUGGAGAGAUCCUGUUUCCUCCUAUGGAGAGGUCCAGAACAAAAUACCACAACCUUAUGAUUAGAGUUAAGUUGUUCAAGGAUGAUUGUGGGAAGCACAUCUUUGCACGCACGUUGUUGGAAACCUGGAGCAUAUUUUCAAAACAAUGAGGCUCUGAGUCAACUCAAAAUUUCAAAUCUGUUGUUAUGGUUUAUGAAAACAAGGCAGACAGCUGGCAUUGAUAUAUAGAUCAUUAACACAUCCAUUAACACAUCUGAAAGAGAACCAGAAAAUUAUGUAAUAUUUUAAAAUGAGUGAAAAAUGUGUAUCUGACGUCUCUCCUUACAGCAAUGAUUUCCCAUGGUUUCUGGUGAAUGACACUCCCCACCACUUUAAUAAUCUACAAUGAUAUCCCCAAGACCAAAGACUGAGCUUGUACUGGGACCCAUCAAAUUUCUCACUAGGUUAAGGAAAUUCAACAUUAAUUCUUGAGAUGUGGGUGUGACUGGCGGGGCAAAUAGGUAUUGCCAUUCCCAGUUAGCUCAAAGGUGGUGAUGGUGGAGUAUUCAGGCAGUUUGGAACAACAGAGCAGUUCACUAACCCACUUAGAGGGCAGUUUGAGUCAACUGCAGACAGGCAGAUUGUGAAAGGAUUCCAGAUUUUCUUCCCUAAAGCGCACAAAUGAAUUUAUCAGUUUUUCUGACAAUUUAAAGCUUCAGCUUCACUUCUACUGAUAUCCCCUUUUUUAUUUAUUGAUUUAGUUUGGAAAUAAAAUCAUCUUUCUGUGUUAGGAUUUCAACCUGGGUUUUCUGCUCAGUAGUCCAAUACCUAACCACGACACUAAUACUCCAGACUGCUAAUUUUAAAACCCCGGAUUUUGUUGCCUCCCAUUCUGCCUUAUCUACCUGCCCUAUCACUCAGCACCUUAUGCAUUUUUACAUUGGCAUCUCUUUGUGCCACACUUACAGCUGUUAUAUUGUUCCUUCUCAUUCUAUACUUAGACUACACAAAGGUAUAUUCCCUCAUGCUUCUGUACUUCUGUAUAUGUCUUCCCAUUCCAUGUCUUCCUGAAAUCUUUUACAGCCUACCUCACUGUUUUUAUCAAGCCCCCUAUUUUUGUGCCAUCACUGAAUUUUGAGGUGAGGUUCCACUGUCUCAUCCAAGUAAUCACCUGCGUAAAGAAUGUUCUUGCAUUUACAGCUGUUGGCCAGGGCUCAGUGGGUAGCCUGUUCCCUCUGACAGAGAAAGAUAUUAGCUUCACAAUGAUGAGGACACCUCUGAAGCUGAUGCUUGAGUGCAGUAAUGAAGGAGCACCAUCUGGUCAAAAGUGCUUGUUUUUGGAUAUGUGUUAAACCGAAGCUCUAAAUUCCCUUUGGAAGUAAAAGAUCCUGGGCACUAUUGUUACAACAGUGAUUACACUUUGAAAGAACUCAAUUGGCUGUGAAGUGGUUUGGGAUGUUAUGGGCCCUUAAUGGUACUAUACAAAUGCAGGCUUUUGUGGAAAACAAAGGUGAACUCAGCACUGACUUGUGGGUGCACCACUUGCAAUCCAUCAUCUACUGAAGGUCAAUGCAAUAAUUUAGAUCUCCCUUCAUUGGUUAAAGGUCGAGUUCAUGAAUCAUGUUUACAAUUUAAAUUUAACCACUCAAUUCCAUUUGAUGUUCUUUUUAUAGGGAGUGAGUGGCUGAUAACUCUGUUGUUCUUGUGAUAAGUGUGGGUAUGUUUUACAACUGGGGACGGCAGCAGAAAAUUGGGAGUGCAAGAAAUGGGAUGCACUGAGGUUCAGACAGGGAGUUGCUCCUUGCAGAAUUCACCCAGUAGAACACUUGACAAAUUUCAUCAGCACCUUCCAAUUGAAUGCAAACCUGCCCCUCAAUCCCUUUUCAAAAAGAAACAUACCCGGGCCAAAAUCUCCAUGAUUGACUCAUUGUGUUAAGCACACAGUUUUUAUACUUGAUAGAUUACUAAUUGCUUCUGCUCAGUUCCAGCUUCAAACUUAAUGCUUUUUAGUUUAGUCACCAAAGCCCAGACAUUGACAAUGUCCCAGGUCAAGUGGUUCAAGCUGCAAACAAAAGUUAUCAGUUUGGAGAUCUCGGUCGCCUGGUCAUUUGGUUGUUUGCUCAGGUGAAGUUAUCAGGAAAAAUGUCUGAUAUUGACCCUCAUUAUUGUACAUACUUGUUUUAAUGUCCAUUGUUAAUACUCAUUAUAAUAUCUAUAAAAAUGAAAAAUUCUGCAAAAA